AUGGAGCAUAAACGAGACAAUGGAAGCAACAACGCACCGAACUCAACCGAGCACAACGAUCCUAUCAACGAUAGCGACCCUGACGGAUACCGAUACAAGAUCGGUGGCCUGGUGGACCACGAGAGCUUCCGCUGGUUUCUACUGAUCAACGUCUGA